AUGCCUGAUCAAGUGAUAAAAGAUCAUACCCGAAACCUGAAGGAAGGCAGUGAACUCGUUCGAUCCAACAUUGAUAGUGAAUUGGGCAUCAAACUGAGUGAAGCGCAAUUACAUCGUGUGGAUAUUUUUGGUCGCAAUAAAGCAAUUGCAGGUUCUUCGGCUCUUAUUUAUAUUCAUGGAGGAUAUUGGCAAGAACUAGGGUACGAUGGCUUCUUCAUUUUAACAGAUAAGGAUCCUAUUUCCGCUUCCUCUUCACAUUACGCACACUUCCUUCCUAUCUCUUCAUUUUCUCCGUUAUUCGUCCCAAUAAAGAUAUCAUUAUCUCACGUCUCUUCUCGCUUCUCACGCUUUGGCAUUCACUCAGUUAUUCCUGACAAUGUCUUACGCUUCUUCCAUUGCAUCAGUCUUCACAUUCUCUCCCUUAUCACACUACACAUAAUCAUUAUUUCACGGCUCCGAUGUCUCUUUUUUCUCAUUCUAUCUCUCUUGUCUUUUUCUCCUUUAUUCCUUUUAUUAUUAUCGUUAUCUAAUCCCUCUCUCUCUACUUCCCAAAUUUGCCCCUCUGUCUGUCUCUCUCUCUCUCUUCUUCUUCUUCUUCUUCUUCUUCUUCUACUCUUUUAUCCCACUUUGCAGAAAAAAUACGAUAAUAAAUAUCAUUUUUAUAUCUAUCUAUCUAUCUAUCUAUCUAUCUAUCUAUCUAUCUAUCUAUCUAUCCUAUCCUAUCCUAUGUUUAAAUCUAUCUAUUUAUCUACCCAAUGUUUAAAUCUAUCUAUCCUAUUCUGUUUCUAUCUAUCUAUCUAUCUACCUACCCUACUUUGUUUAUAUCUAUCUAUCUAUCUAUCUAUCUUAUUUUAUUUCUAUCUAUCUGUUUAUUUUAACAGUUUAGAGUAUUCCAGCUUCCCUGCAAUCAACAUCACAAAAUCAGGAGGGGUUCUUUAUUCUAUCGGCUACAGCCUUGCGCCAAAAGGGACAAUGGAACAAAUGAUUGACGAGGUUAAGGCAGGUGUCCUUUACGUGCUCAAAGACGCUGAAUCCAGAAACUUCUCAGGUGUGCAUAUGUGUGGCCAUUCUGCAGGGGCUCACCUGAGUUCUAUGAUGCUUUCUAUAGACUGGGAAGCUGAAGGGGCAAACCCUACCCUACUGAAAGGUUUCAUUUUGGUGAGUGGAAUCUAUGACCUUCGACCUCUGGUCAAUACCUACGUGAAUGAUCCUUUAAAGAUGACAGAAGAAUCGGCAGCCAAAAUCAGUCCUCUUCUAUUUUGCGAUCAGAUUGUCAAAUAUUCCAAGGACCGCACUGUGCUCAUUGCUUUCGCAAAAUAUGACUCUGAAGAAUUUAUCCGACAGGGACAACAAUUUUAUGAUAACCUGAACUUAGCUUCCUGCAAUGUUUCUCUGAGAAUUGUUCCAGAUGUUGACCAUUUUAAUAUAAUUGAGAAACUCGUAGAACCAGAUUACGAAAUAACAAAGGACAUUCUUAGAAUUAUGGGGCUAAUCUACUUCAAAAGACUUUUUCUUUCCUUUCUACAUUAUUUUCGUUUCCUCUCUCACUCUUUUCACUUUCUGCUUCUUUUUCUUCCUUUCUUUUUCCCGCUAACUUUUUCACUCCUUUCGUCUCCAAUUCAUCUUUCCUCCUCUCUUUCACCAACAUUUUCUGUUUUCCUCCUUUUCACUCUUCCUUUUUCCCUCCUUUCCUCUUUCUCAUUCGCUACUUGUCUUAUUCUAUCUCUCUUUUUUGUCGAUGCUGUUGAGUUGAGGAAAAUUUAG